AUGGCUUCAAAGAGAAUGAUGUUGUUAACCAUUGUAAUAUUGCUGAUGUUUGGCAAUACAACGUGUAAAAUUAGCUCAAAAUCAGUCGAAAGAAUAGAAAAGGGUCUCGCUGGAGGUCAGAAAGUAGUGGAAUUCAUUUCGAAACUCGGUGACCCACAAACAAGUAAGGUCUUUAAUUCGUUGGCAAAGAUGGCAGGCUUUCUGGGAGCGGCAGGUGGUCUCCUAUCGUUUGCGUUAGCGUUCGUUCCAAAAUCUGAUUCGCUUGAGCUUCGAUACAUGAAGGAGAAGUUUGCCGAGGUAAAUUCGAAACUUGACGUAAUCAACUCGAAGCUUGAUAACGUGAAAGAUCUUAUCACGUAUGAAAACCAGCGCGCAGUUUAUCUGGACAGUGCCUCCAAGAUUCUGUUCGGCCAUAAACAAUUGACAACAUUCCUGAAUGAAUUGCAAAAUACGCGGUGUGGGGAUGAAAAAAACUGCAAUCGUGUGCGAGCCAGAAUUGCAUCUCGAUACGUCGACGAUUUCAACGUGAAACAACACAUGUUCAAAAUUCUGAACGGUGCUAUAAAACCAACAUCAGCAUUUGGAGAUCCGCUCCUUACAUUGACAAGGAAAACAUUCAAAUGCGACGUUGGAAAAAUCGGCCAUCUUGCAAACAGCAUUCUCAAAUUGUCUUUCAAGGCUCAGCAGGUGAUUCUGGCGCAUGAGAAAUUGAGAGGCAGCAACUUUAGCAUUACCCAAAGCAUGAAUGACUGGCUUAAAUCACUCUAUGAUCUGAGAGAGAUGACAUACAAUAUCAAAAAGCAGUGUUUUGACCAGAUUUCUACUCAUAUGAUUGAUGAUAUCAAUGACAAAAAAUAUCAAGUUAAUGUUGGUUCAAAUUAUGAAGCAAAUCAAGAAGUGAAGAAAUUUAUGGAAAAGAAAUACAAAUGGCUUGGAUGG